AUGAAGGUGUGUGUGUAUAAUAUUGUAUAUAUUGAAAGAAAGAAGCUUUUCCUUGCUGUGUUCAAGGAGUUCAUACAUUUUGACGAGUUUAAAUACAUUAAGGACUACUUGAUCGAACUUGACAGAACGGCUCAGAAUUUACAAAAUACAAAUUAUCACCACAGUGUAUUGAAACACUCCAUCAGAGGAAAAGACCAAAAUGAAAAUCCAAUUCUUCAAUGUCUACGAAUGAAAGAAGAUGAAGAUACACAAUUUCGUAGCAUAGAUUGUGUUAGUCAUUCAACUGACACUGCCAGCGACAGUAAUAUUUCUGAUUCCAUAUCAUGUGUUAAAGGAAAACAAGCAGGAAUAAACAUUAUAAGACACAAUGAAAUUGGAAAAACAACAGGGAAGAAAAUGCGUUAUAGUUUGUCCCGAAAUGGAACAAAAAAAAAACAAAUUACACAAUCGAAGGGAGAUAGAAAAGAAAAAGAUAUUUGCUUCUCAUUUGCGAAGAAGAAAAACAUUUCAGAAGAAAGAGAAAAUUAUGAAUAUGAGAAAGAUUGUAAAAUUUUGACUUCCAAGAGGGGCGAAAUUUUACUAGACCAUUUAGAAGACAGACUAGUGGAAAAACCAUGUACAGAUUUGUCCAAAGAACGAGUCAAUGAAUUUAUUGCAUGUGGAGAGAAGGAAAGGAAGACGAGGCUUAUUUCGUGUGGAAUAGCGAAGAAGGGGAGGGAGAAAAAAGAAGGGCUGAGGGAAUUCAUACAUGGGAGAAUCCAUACUCGUGGGAGUUGUGCCGUUCAGGGAGAGUGUAUAGAAACGAAUGAGCAAAGGGAGAUAGAGAAGGAAGGAACGAAGGGACUAAGGAAAGAACAAACGAAGGAACAAACGAAUGGACUAACGAAUUUUUCAAACGAGCGCGAAAAAGAGUUGUUUCAAUACUUAAUUGUAAAGGCAAAUAAUGAAAUUGAAAAUAUUAGCUGCACAUUAGAACAGAAAUACAAAGAAGAGUUAAUGAAUAGAGUUAAGAACAUAAAAAACGAAUAUGAAAAAAAAAUAAAAAGUUUGUUAAAAACAAAGAGAUAUAUAUGUGAUCAAAAUGAACAAAUGAUAAAGAGAAAUAAAGACAACACAGAGAUAAUAAAAAAUUUGGAAAAUAAAAAUUAUUUGCUACUAAACCAAAUAGAAGAUUUAAAAAAAGGUUACAAUACUGUUUAUAAUAAAAAAUUUCAGAAUGAAUUAUUACAAAAAAAGAGUGAGGAAUUACAAAUUAGAAGGUUAAAUGGUAUAAGCUCUCAAGAUUGUCACCAAAACAAGAAUUAUGAAAAAAAAAUAAGUGCGUUAAAUGAACAAUUGAAUAUAACGUAUGAAAAUUGUUUUAAUUUUCAAACCAAGUGGGUAAGUUCCAAAAUUGAGAUGUUAUCCUUCUUGACAAAUGGGGUUACUAUAUAUGUAAUACGUUGUUCCCAGGUUAAGCUUAUAUAUUACAUGGAAUGUAUUUUUUUUUUUAAUUUUACUCAGAAAAUACUUCAACAGGAAGCACAGCAAAGGGAAAAUGAGCUAAAGAGAGAAAUAGAAAAUUGCAUUAUCAUGAAAAAGGAAGAGGAAGAAAAAUGUACUCAUUUGAAGGGGAAAAUGUACAAGAUGGAAGGAGAGAAUGAUUAUCUGAGAAACGAAUUGAAGAAAACAAAAGUGUCUAUUCAACAAUUGAGGGAGGAUAAUGUAGAGGCGUCCCAAAAUAAGGAUUACAUUAUCUCAUGCUCCAAAGUAGAGGAAACGAAACUCAAAGAAGAUAUAGAAAAUUAUAAAAAAUGUGCCCUCUUGGAAAAUAAAAACAAGGAGCAGCUUUUCGAAAAGAAGUGCAAAGAACUGGAAAAAGCGCUUAAGGAUACUGAAAAUGAAAAGUCCAUAUUCCAGAGGAUUUGUCAAAAGAAUGAAAAAAUACAGGGGGAUUUGAACAUCGAAAUAAGGACCUUAAAAAAUGAAUUGUAUGAAUGCAAGAAUAAUUUUUACAAAAUUGCCAAAUCUGGGGUUCACAUUCCACAGAAGGGUAUAUUCCAUGAAGAUACGCAUGAACAAAUAUUGGGCGGCGAACAGAAUACAACACAAAAAAAAAAUUCCAUCGAAAAGCAGCUGAUAUUACUGAAGCUGGAACGGGAAAAUAGAGAAGCGGAAUUAACAAAAUAUCCAAAGUAUGGUGGACGAAGAGGAGAAAUUAAAAGAAAGGAAUUCCUACAGGGAAAGCUUCAAUAUAUAGAUGAUAAAAUAAACACGUUAAGCACAAAUUUAAAAAGUAUUAAAUUGCAAAGCGAGGAAUAUAUUACCUGA